CUAUUUUUUCCUACAUUUACUCAUUUACUCCUAUUUAGUCGAUCCAUUAUCCAAUGAUCAAAUUACCAACUGAUCAAUUUGUCUACUUGACUUAAAAAAAAAAAAAAAAAAAAAAACAGAGGAAAACAGAGAGUGAUUCAAGCACAAAAAUGGCAGCAACAAUCAAAAGGAUCAAAUUGGGUACUCAAGGUUUAGAAGUUUCUGCUCAAGGUCUAGGAUGUAUGGGAAUGUCUGCUUUUUAUGGCCCUCCUAAAUCUGAGGAGCAAAUGAUCCCACUUAUUCAUCAUGCUAUUAAUUCUGGUAUCACUUUUCUUGAUACUUCAGACAUGUAUGGACCUCAUACCAAUGAAAUUCUUCUUGGAAAGGCCUUGAGAGGGUGGAGGGAGAAAGUUGAAUUAGCUACCAAAUUUGGUGUCAAAUAUAUCAAUGGAAAAGGAUCAAUUCAUGGUGAUCCUGCAUAUGUAAGGGCUGCUUGUGUGGGAAGCUUGAAACGACUCGAUAUUUACUGCAUUGAUCUCUAUUAUCAACACCGCCCUGAUACUAAAGUUCCCAUCGAAGUCACGAUGGGAGAACUAAAGAAUCUUGUGGAGGAGGGUAAAAUAAAGUACAUAGGUCUAUCUGAAGCAUCGGCUUCAACUAUCAGAAGAGCACACGCAGUUCACCCCAUAUCAGUAGUCCAGUUGGAAUGGUCCUUAUGGACAAGAGAUGUGGAGACAGACAUAAUUCCUACCUGCAGGGAACUUGGGAUUGGGAUUGUGGCAUACAGUCCUCUAGGAAGAGGUUUUCUCUCUACAGGGCCCAAGAUAACAGAGAAUUUUUCAGAGGCUGACUACCGUCAGAAUUUGCCAAGGUUUAAGCCGGAAAAUGUUGAGCAUAACAAACAGAUAUUUGAGCGAGUGAGUGAAAUCGCAGCCAGAAAAGGAUGCACCCCCGCGCAGUUAGCCCUUGCAUGGGUCCAUCACCAGGGAGAUGAUGUAUGUCCUAUUCCCGGAACUACUAAGAUUGAGAAUCUAAACCAGAACAUUGGAGCCUUAUCUGUAAAGCUAACUCCCCAAGAUAUGACUGAGUUAGAAUCCCUUGCAUCAGAACAAAGUGUUAAGGGUGAUCGAUACGGAGGUCUUUCUCCUACCUGGAUGGACUCAGAAACCCCACCUUUGUCCUCAUGGAAACGGCCUCAAUGAAAUUGUUAUCUGCUUUCUCAAAUUUAUACAAGAGUUCAACAUAGAACUACUUUAGUUUUUGUUAUGAACUCCUAGUUAGCUUCAAUAAACCAUUUACUAUACUAUUUGAAUGAGGUACUUUGUCAAUUAAGUGCCUCCCAUUUAGGUUUACUCGGUUGUACUUUUUAGCAAACUCUUCCUAAAUUUGAGAUUAUUCAUGAUUAAUUAAAAGUUGAAAUUAUGAUAAAAAUGUGUGUUGGAUUUUUCUGAACAAUUUUUGCAAGAAUUAAAAACAAACCUUUCCUUCCCAAUAUUAGGUCCAAAAAAAUGAUCACGUUAGGACUGAAAAAUAUAAUCUAAGAGCAACCGUAGAAUAUAUUACAUGUGAUAACCUUAAAUUUUCCGCUUUUUCACGUGGUGGACAAAUAUUUUCUUUAAUCCACGUGGUGACCUUAACCUUCCUAUUUUUCCACGUGGUAGACAAAGGGGAAGUUUUUUGUUUAACUUUACAUUAUUUUUACCCAACGUAAUGAUUUUUUUUUUAUCAAAAAACAAACGUUGUGAUCACCCUAAUUAACCGCAUAUUUCGAAAUUCAAUCGAAAUAAGUACUUAAUUUAACCAAUAACUUAACAUUUUAUUUCUACCACAUGAAAAAGUUGAAAGCUCAAGGUCACAACGCGAAUUUAAAAAAAAUAUUUUUGUGGAAAACCCAAAAACUUAGGAUUACGACAUGAAAUUUCCCUUAAAAAAUCUAUCAAAAUUGAGAAUCAUAUGUUGACUUAUUGAUUACAUGCUUUCAUUUCCGCUCAUGUGAUACAUGUUCGAUUCUCGAUACCUUCAACACCAUCAAUUCUCCGCUGAAAAAGUCUUAU